AUGCACAAACACGCACAAUUGCUUGAUGUAAUGCUUGCUGGCGCCCAACAAGCUGCAGCUGCAACAGCACAGGCGGACGGCAUCAUACCAACGACCAUUAACAAGACUGUUAAACCAUCACCGAUAUCACCGUUAACGUCAGCAUCAUCAGCGAGUCUCUCACCAACGUCCAAAGACGAAAUUUACAUUGAUGAUGAGAGCAUUGAGGGGUCCGGCGGUCGUGGCGGGCUGCACGAUGAUUUAGAGAAGGAUCCCGAUUACUCUGGUUCCGGCUUUGGUCCUGAUGACGAAGACUCAUCCACCGAUUUGCAGCAUUCGCAUCGUGGAAUUAAUUCACAAACACAAUCGGGUAAACAUAAUACGAACGCCAAUAACAACGACGACGACGACGACGAUCUCAUCUCGAGUAGAACUCAUCAUCAAACGAAUAGUGGCACAAUCAUUGGCAGCAAUAGCGGCAGCAAUUCAGGCAUCAUCGGUGGCAAUAGUGGUAGCAACACUGGCCUCAAUACAAUUGGCGGCGUUGCGCACACAGACGACGAAGAUUUCGAUCUCGGCGAAGGUGGUGAUGACGUGGACGACGACAAGCAACAAAUUGGCGGCGGCGGUGGCGGCGGCGACGACGGUGGCGACGGUGGCUUGUUUGCCGGCAGCGGUGACGGCGGUUUCAUCGAUCGCACUGACGACGAUGACGAUCACACCGGCGAUGUGGAUGAGGACGAUCAAGAGGAUCUCAUUGAGCGUCCACAUCAGCGUCAGCACGAGUUGGGCGGCAGCAAGCCAACGUCGAACGUUGACAGCAGCACUUCAAGCAGCACCACCUCUUCCACCUCAUCAUCAUCAUCAUCCUCCACUACUGGCAGCAGCAGCAGCGAUAGCAAUGAUCGCAAGCAGAUCUUGAGCGCUAAUGGCGACGAGGACGAUGAGCGUGUGGCCGAGCUUGAUGAAGAUGAAGGCGACGACGAUGAAUUCGAUGAAAACUAUGAUGAGGAUAACAAGGGCGAUGAUGAGGACGACCACGAUGAUCACGAUGAUCACGAUGCCCAUGCGCACGAAGAAGAUGAGAAUACCGAAGUGUACAUCGAUGGCACGGAACCGAAUGCCAAGGGCGGCAGCGUCAGCCAGGAUAACGAACGCGGCAACACUAAUCAGGGCAACACCAUACACGAAUUGGGUACGAACAACAUUAAUAGCCAGCCGACAGACACUAAAGUGAUCGAGCACACCACAGGCAACGAAGUACUCAUCAUGAAUACGAGCGACGACGAUCGAACGGCGAGCUUCUUUGCCCAGCCGGGCAUCUUGGCAGCUGUCAUCGGUGGCGCUGUCGUCGGUCUGCUGUGUGCCAUUCUCGUCGUCAUGUUCAUCGUUUACCGCAUGCGGAAAAAGGACGAAGGCUCCUAUGCACUCGAUGAACCCAAACGCUCGCCGGCGGUCAAUUCCUAUGCGAAAAACGCGAAUAACCGUGAAUUUUAUGCCUGAGAUAAUUCCCAACGUUACUAGAGAGAGUGAAGGCGGCAGGCGAUGGCAGAGAAGGAGAUAAAGUGAUGGCAGCAAACUCUUUGGGAAAUAGAAAGCGCCGAAGCAGAAAGAAAGUGAAGAAAGAGAAUAUAAAUAAUGAAAAUAAGCGAAUAAGUAAAUAGUGAAUAGUGAAAAAUUAAAAAAAAAAACAAAAACAAAUAAAACAGAGAGCAGCAGCAAGAAGCAGUACGAAACUAAAGGAUAACGAAAGUUUGAGAGUUUUUUAAGGAUUUUGAAGUUUCUCGUUUCGUAUGUAUUUAGAUCAUGUGUACUGCAGCAGGGCUUAAAGUUUAAAUUGAGUUACACACACACACACAACAACACAAAAAGCAAAAUUAUGUAGUUAUGAAGAACUCAAUUAAGUGGAGAGUUUUUUUGUCGGCUUACAAAAAAGUUGAAGGUUCGUUGAGAAAACAGAUGAAAUGAAAAAUUCAACUAUUUUCUAAUUUGUAACAAUUAAGUUAUUUACAGUUAAGUAACGCAAACAAUAACAACAACAAAAAUGAAAAGCAAAAGCAAAUGAAAACUAAUGAAAAUAAGAAAAAGAAUUAUUUGUAUGUAAACAGUCACAGGCGAUGAAAGUGCGUGGAAAAAUAUCAAAUUUAGUUUAAAUAUUUUCUUUUUUUUUUAAUAUUGCAAAAAUUAUGAAAAUAUACAAAUUGAAAGUAAUUAAUAUGAGUAUACAUAGACUAAGCAAACAUAAUAUGAAGAAAAAAAUUGAAAAAACAUAAAUUAAAUUGUACUAAGAAAGAAGUUAGACACAUUUACAAAAAAACAACAAAUGUGUGAAAAAUAUGCGUAAAUGGUAAAUGAACAUAAACAAAUACUUUAUAAGGGCGGGACACUUUUCAUAAAUGUAGCGAAAUUUAAAUACAAAGCGAAAAAUAAUAAUUCAAAAACAAACACACACACACACUACCUAAAACAAAUACAACAACAGCAGCUCACACAGAAACACACAUGCCGUGCUAGACAUACACACACACACACACACCUAUUUAAUAAUUUAAGUGAAUAUAUAUGUGAAUGUGUGUGUUAAAGUCAACACUCGAAAUCAUAAGUAAAUAAUAAAAA